CGCAAGUGCGUCGCGGACGGUUUGAGCUCUGGCUGUUUGUGUGUGUAGUUGUUGUAAGCGGUGUGCGCACCUUUUGAAUGAGUGACAAACACGCGUAAAGGCAAUAAAAAUAGUGGCAACGAGACAGUGAAUAGCAAUAAAAAUCGUAAUUAUUACCAAAUCGUGUACGGUGUGUAAAUUGCCACUGUCGCUGUCGGUUACUUUGACUUGCCCGCCGAGAUAUAAUGGUUAAGAGCAUAAACCAGUUCAGAGUGCAAACAUAAAUAACUGCCGCCCGAAAAAAAAGCCGGCUUACAUUCAAUUAAAACCCCAGCCAAGUCUCUCCAACUAGUUUCUGUGCGUUUAUUGUAUUUGGGUGUAUGUGUGAUGGUGUGUAUCUGUGUAAACGGCUAAAAGCAAAGGAAUUUAUGUUGGCGCAGCAUACGAGACAACAAUAAAAGCGGCACAGCAGGAAGGAGGAUUCAACUCCAGAAGUUGCUUGACCAGUUUUUUGCGCUCGUGAGAGAUUUUCGGCUUUGUUGGCAAUGCCUCAGCAUAAAUCUAGCGAUUGCUGAUAGUUAUUUGUGGAGUCAAUGAGGCGAGCCACCAGCCGCACCACCAGUAGGAGCUAGCGACGACCAUGCCCUUUGUACAGCGCAUAGUGCAGCCCAUUAAUGUGGCUCAAGCCACAGCCGCCAGUGCAGGACAUGCUGGCAAUCGCUUUCAAUGUCAGCCCGGCAAAUGCAAAAACAACAAUUGCAUUAACAAGCAGUCGCCGGAUGAAACAGAUGCGACAUCACCAAAUCUUACAAGAGCACUGGUGCAUGCUCUGCCCAAUGGCGACGCCUCUGAGCCGCGUCCACCCGCUGCGCUGCCCAUGAAAAAACUGAAACAGCAUGUGGAAUUUUUGCCUACAACCGGCACCACGCCCACAUCGCCAACACGCUCGCGUGCCUCGCAGUCCUUGCCCAACUCACGUCAUCCAAGUCAGCAACGUGCACUGCUGCCCGCACGCAAUGCCAGCGCUCCCCAAUCCCCCACUGCACACAGUCGCGUCAUCUCGGGUCACGAAUUCGACUCGAUCAGCAACAUAACGCUGAGCAAUGCGCUCAGGCAGCUGGCCAGCCUGGUGCUCAUAGCCAGCGAUAUAUUCGAUGAACUGCAGCGGGAUUUGCAGUCAGUGGGCGAGCGGGCGGGGCGGGUGCAGCGCAAGAUAAUUGCUGUGGAGCGACGCGUUAGUGCCUACGAUCCGAAAACGGUCACAGUUCCUGAAAGCGACCUGCUCACCUUUGCACAACGCAAGCAACACUAUGAGACGGACAAGUCAUUCCAGCAGGAGCUCUUCACCAGCGAGUCGCGUCCGCAGAGCGUGCGGCAUUUGUAUACGGAAGCGUUGAAGGAGCAGCUGCCUUUGCUGCCGCUGACGCCGCUGCGUUCGCUUAGCUUCAAUGCUGAGCUGCUGCCGCAUGAGGAUGUGCUGGAUGGCCUAAUGGAUGCUACAGCUGCUGGCGAGGAGUCGCUGCUGGUGGCCGACACAGACUUUGGCAAUGCAAAUCGUCGACUCUGCUCACGCAUUGAUGCUGAAAUAGAAAUACGUUUGCCCGCUGCUAUUGAGGAUUUACGCAAAUGGACUUCAAGCGAGGCGCUGGGUGAUGUCACAGUUACGCCCGAUUGCAUGCAUCAUGUGGAUAGCUCGAUUAGCACAUCGUUGGUCAUUGGCGACAAUGGCGUCUUGACGCCCGCGCUCUCUCCGUCCGUGCUGUCCGCCGAUGCGCUUGACCUUAGCCAAGCGCCGGACAGCGCAAAUCAGCGCCAGCAACAACAGCAGCUUGUUAACGAUAUCAAUAAAGAUGUGCCUUUGAAUCAUCGACUGCCCUCACCCGAGGAACAAACCAAAUUAAUUGCCUUAAAAUACCCCGCCGAGGUGAUAUCGGUAAAUACAUCCGGCAAGCAUUUCCAACGCAUGUGCGCCGCACGCAAAUCGACGAGCGGCUGCUAUGCCGCCGGCAGCAAUGGCCAUGCCACCACAUCCAGCAGCAGCGCCAGUCCGGACAACAACGAGCAGACCGAGGCCAACAAUUUGGAUGACAAUGUGCAAACCGUGAGUCGUCGCUCCAGAUCGCGCAAGGUGCGCGGCAAGCGUCGCAAUACCAUAGCGGGCAUUGAUCAAAAGGAAAUACAGGAUGCAGCCAAUGGCAAUGCGGAUGCCAAGCAAACGUCAAGUGGUGCGCCUUGCACAUCGCCAGCGCCUGUGGCAGCCACAGGCAGCGACGCCUUGACUAAAAAACAAAAGAAGUUCGGACGCUCCAAGUCCAGCGACAUAUUAAAAAAGGAAUCUGUUGCCUUGCCCUACGACAAAGGCAAGAGCACGCUGACGCGCCUCAAUUCGUUGAAGCAAUGGGGUCGCAAUCGCUUCAAGUUUAUGCAGCGCAACGGUGACACCAGCCUGGAGACCAGCCAGCUGGACACCAGUGGCUGCAGCUCCCAGAACAGUUCGCAGGAGAAGCAAGAGCUGGCGGCGGCAGCAGCAGCCGAUGGUGGCAAGCAGCGCGAUAUUGAUGCCGAGUGCGUGGUGCAUGAGCUGAUCAAACAAAAGAGUGAAUCUAGAUUUUCGCACGAACGAAAACCCUCGUAUUCCUCCUCAGAGAAGAGCAUGAGCGUCAGCAGCAGCGGCCAGCUGCGUGGCAAGUUGCAGCUGCAGCAGGUGAAGCUGCGUGAAACGGCCACACUCAAUAGACAGCGACGCAAUGGGCUGCAUCGUUUGGAUGCUGCAGGCAAAGAGGAGCAGCCGCACUCCAGCAGCGGCAACUGGAGCGCCAGCUCCGAGUCUGGACGCGCUUCCAUUGGCAGCGAAAUUACGCAAGCCAAGUCAAGCGCUUCGAAUACUUCGCUGAAUGUGUCCAGCUUUCAGCCCUGCAGCAGCAGCGGCCCACCCUCGUCCAUGUUGAGUCGCCGACGCUUCCUGAACACCUCCGCCUCCAGCAGCGUCACCAGCGAGGGCACAGCCACGCCCGAUUUGCAAAGCGAUGCGUGCGCCUAUCCCAAUCAUUUGGAUGAUGAAACCAGCAGCGCCUACAGCUGCGAUACGGAGGGCUACUACACCAGCUUCCAUAUGGACAGCGGACUGCGCACACUCAAGGAGGAAGAGGUGCCCAUGACGCCGCUGCAGCAGAGUUUGCACACCAGCUGCUACAGCUUUGGCAGCCAGUCCAAUCAGACAGUGCUCAAUGCAGAGAACGAGUAUGAGCUGUAUGGACGUGGCUCCACUUCGACUACGACAAGCUCUGCGGGCACGGUGUGCACUACGCUGCUGAAUGCUGCCGCCUGCGCUGGUCCAGAUGUGCCAGAGCGCAGCAGUUCGCUGGGCAAGCAUAGCCAGAGUCAAAGCAAUAGCAACAGCGCCAGCAGCAGCACCUUGGAGCGCAGCUACAGCAGCAGCACCAUAGGCAGCACCUUGGAGCGCACGGGCACCAUAAAGCGCAAUGUUAAGCUGGAUGCAGUGCAGCAGCCACAAUUAAGCGAAGAGCCACGUAACGCGCUGCCGCUGCCCACAGAUUUGGAGCACUCAGAGUGCUCCGAUUUGGAGGGCGUGGAACGCAUUGAGCGCAUUAAGCAAAAGACCACCAUCAAUGCCAAGCGCAUACCCUCGAUGUGCAUUAUAACACCCACUACAAGCGACGAUGAUGAGCUGCAAUCCCAGAGCGAAGCGGAUCGCACGCUAACCAACUUGCAACUGGAAGUGGAUGUGGAUUCUGAUUGCGCUACAGCUGAACAAUUAACGCCCACAAACAGCAAAGACCACAACCUCAAUGAGCUAAAGCAAACACCCACCAAAGCGCUGGGUGUUGUCUUGGAUAAACUGCGCGUAGUGUUGCCAGCAAUAAAACGAAGCUCGCCGGCCAAACUCAAACCUAAGCCCGCUGCAGCGAGUGCUGUCAAUGAUGACAAGCUGUAUGACCUGGCAGGCGAAUAUGUAACCAUAGCUGAUAUAAGCAACAACAACAGCCAGCGCAACAGCAACAACAAUUGCAAGCUGGCUAAGCCGGCCGCCGGCAGCGGACUCUCCAUUUACUAUUCCAGUGACAUAGUUAGGCGACCACCCUCCGAGUAUGUGUCGCUCAAUGAGCUGCCACAGCAUUUGCGGCGCAAAGAGCAGGCAUGCGCAGCUCAAGCGGCGACGACAGCUGCUGCCUCAGCAGAGUCGUCGUCGUCGUGUGGCAGCAAUGGGGUGGAAACGAACGGCGUGCCCAUGUACGCUGAGAUCAGCGAGCUGCGUGAGGAAAAGUCACUGCUGCAGCCACAGCAACCGAGACGAGUGCGUACGAAUGCCGAGGGUCGCAUCAUCUACGAUUCGGACAGUUUGAAGCGACGCAAGGGCGCACACACCACCUUUGCACCUGGGCCGUAUGUGAAGGAAACCGAAAGUGCGUUGCUCAGUGCAACAGCAGACGCCGUCACGAGCGAAAGUGCAGCGCCGCAGAACGCCAAAUUAUUGUUACUCAACGUGGCCAACAGCGCAGUUGGCGGCACUCAACGCAAAGUGGCCAAUGUGCGUCCCAUUGUAGCCAAGUCGCCGCUUAGCAAAAUGGCCGGCGCCUAUCAGCAGCAGCAAACCCCAAGCAACUACCAAGAGCAGAAGCAGCUGCUGGCAAACAAUACGAAUCCUUUCUACGAAACCAUUGACCACAUGAUGCCAUCGCCUUCAAGCAAAUCAAAUUCCAGCACAGGCUCGACAGCAACCAGUUCGUCAUCCGCGUCGACCACAGCGUCAGCAAAUUCUGUGGAAGAAGGGUAUCAACGUUUCUCUAAUAUCUAUGAGCAAGUGCAGCCAGCACUGAGUGCCACGACCACAGAUGCCACGCCCUUUCAGCGUAAUACGCCCGCCUAUUGGACGCUGCAGAGCAAGCGCAGUCAAGCCAAGCCGGCGCCCACUAGCAACGUUAUAUGCCGUGAUGAUCUUUAUGCCACGCCCAUCAGACGCGCAGAUCGCGUUGCACGUGCGGCAGCAGCAGCAGCGGCAACCAGCACUGCUGAUAACAAAGCACACAUAUCGCCCAUUGUGCCACGUCAAGGCAGCGGCAACUUUUUGACUUCAACGCCCACGCGUGGCGGCGACUCAAGCGCCACAGAGAAUGUGCCGCCCAUGAAGCAGCCCUCGCGCAAUUGGCAGGACAAUUCGCCCGACCGCCUCAACACCUGCGCCGAUCGCAUUGGCCAAAGCAAGACUACGCUGCUGGAUUUCAAGAAGCUGCUGCUAGCCAAGUCGGCCAAGAGUAGUCCAGUGCAGCGCAAGGUCUCAGCCGUGGAGCUGCUCAAAAAGUCAACAGCAGCAGCAGCAGCGGGUCAGGCAGCUGCUCCUGUGCAGGGCGCACCUGCUGCUUCCAAGCCCACGCUGAACUCCAGUCUGAAGCUGCUCGACUUGAGCGGCUCGCCAAAAACAUUUGCCAAUCGUCGCAUGCUGCGUCAAGGACAGUUUGGUUCGCCCUCGAAGACAUUUGCGCCCAAAAUGCGCGGCACCAAUGCUGUCGUCGCUUCGGUUGUGCCACGCACUGAUAUCAUGUCUACAACCAUACCGGAAGCCAACAGCGAUGAGGAUCAUUCAAACAACAGCGGCGGCUCACGUCUCAGCGCUGAACCAGCCAAGGCAGCAGCAGCUGCAGCCAGCAGUCCCAGCCCCAGCGCAUUGUCCAGCUUCGAUCUUAAGCGCAACUUCUUUUUGCAAACCGAAGAGAACAAUUUUAUGCGUGGUGAACUGAAGCACAGCUUUGGCAGAAGCGCUGCCGCCGCCGCGCCCGCUGCCGUCAAUGUUGUCAACUCUGGGCCCACAUCGCUGCCAGCUUUUGAGACGGCGCUGUAAGGCAGCCUGCGGGUCAAACCCGUUUGCCCAUACAUAUAGCAAUUAUGCAUAUACAUAUUCCAUAAGUAAACAUGCUGAUAAUCACGUUAAGCAAUAGCAUACUCCUCAUCACGUACACACAGACACAUACCUUCCCACUAACUGAAGCUGAAUAUGCAUUUAUAUAGUAUAUAGUCUAGUAUGUGGAACCUCUAUUUGGUUCCCAGUCAGCGAAUGAUGCUACUUUAUGCAAAAAUUUACACAUGUAUACACAAUUAGUACUUUAUACAAUUACAUAUUCAAUUUACAAUUCAAGUGUAUUUUUUAAAUUGUGCUGCUUUG